AGCCCUGACGGCCUGUGGCUUUGGGAGGAGCCAACAACGUGAACCUGAGCUUUCACUCAGGAGUUUAAAAGGGAAGCGAACUUUGUGGCGUCUCAGACAAGUCUGUUGUCCUGACUUCCUGCGAAGAGCCGCCGGAGAGACUGAAGCUGCUCACACUUUUGGUUCUCCUGUCUGUUCUCCGCGUUCAGGACGGAGGGGAGGAAAAGCAAGCAGAAGAAACAGCUGAGAGCGUCAUGUUGUCCUUCACGUUUCUCCUCUUCCUUGUUCCACAUCAUGUGUUGUUGGCUUCGUCACAUGUAGCGGUGAUCUCCCCUCAGGAUCCCGUCCUGCGUAUCGGCUCCAGUCUCACUGCCACGUGCAGGCUGAGCCCUGAGCUCGGCCUCCAGUCCAGCACGUUGUACUGGACGCUGAACGGGAUGUGUCUGUCCAGCAGCACCUACAGGGUGGUGAGCCCCGACGUCCUGAGCGUCACCAUUCACAACCUGAAUGGCUCCCAGCAGCAGUCCGGAGACAAUCUCGUGUGUCAUGGAGCCAAUGGACACGUCCUGGCUGGUUCAUGUCUCUAUGUGGGCAUGCCUCCAGAAAAACCAGUGAACUUAACAUGUUGGUCUCACAACACGAAGGACCUGAGCUGCAAGUGGAGCCCGGGAGGGCGGGGUGAGACCCACAUCCGAACCAACUACACCCUCAAGUACAAAUUGAGGUGGUACGGGAGAGAGAAGGAGUGUGAAAGUGACAGCACCUGGAAGCAGUUGUACUUCUGCCACAUCCCCAGCAACCUGGCCCUCUUCACCCCUUAUGAGAUCUGGGUGGAGGCGGCCAAUCAGCUGGGCUCUGCCACCUCGGACAUCACCACCCUGGACAUUCUUGAUGUAGUGACCACCGACCCUCCUGCCAACGUGCAGGUGAGUCGUGUCGGUGACCUCGAGGACCAGCUGACGGUCCGCUGGGCCAGCCCCCCCGAGCUCAAGGACUUCCUGUUUCAGGCCAAGUAUCAGAUACGCUACAGACUGGAGGACAGCACUGAAUGGAAGGUGGUGGAUGAUGUCGGUAACCAGACAUCAUGUCGACUGGCAGGCCUCCGGCCCGGGACCGUCUAUUUCGUCCAGGUGAGGUGCAAUCCAGUGGGCAUUUAUGGUUCCAGAAAGGCCGGCAUCUGGAGUGACUGGAGCCACGCAGCCGCUGCCUCCACACCAAGCAGUGAGCGGCUGCAGAGCGGCUCUUGUGAUCCUAAGCCCAGUGAGCAGAACUCCACCCUGCGGCGGGAACUCAAGCAGUUCUUCGGGUGGGUCCGCAAGCACACGUACGGCUGCAGCGGCAUGUCGAUCAAACUGUACGACCAGUGGAGGGUGUGGCUGCAGAAAACGCAGAAAACGCGCAACCAGGUAGAUUCUACAAGACGAUAACUCAUAGCGCAGUCACUCGACACCACUGUGGUGUUUAAUUCAAGAAAAGCAUCGAGAAAUACUGAAGGAUAACUGGCCCCAAGGGUCCCAGCUGUGUGAGAGGUCCAACGCCUUCAGCCUGAGUGAUACUGCAGUGUUUGGUCAUACAGCUUUAGCUUGAGGUAAAAGGGCCCAAGUGGAAGAUAAGGGAAGUGAGACAAUGCAGCCUUUUCCUGUGAUUCCUGACUGUUAGAUCUGUUUGCACAGAGAUGUUUAGGGCUCCAGUAAAUGCACUUUUAUUCUGGAGUUGUAACAGAACAAAAUAUAGAAAACAACCCUAACCUGACCCUAAACUGUUCCCAGUCUAAAGUAUUUUCUAAAGCUGUAAAGCCUUGAGGCCAAUUGAACAGUAUCUCUACAUCUAUUACCGUUGGGAAAUAAGUAGUUAAGGGUAGGGCUGGAAUAAAUGAUUAUUUUUAUUCUAAAUUAAUCUGCUGAGUAGUUUCUUGACUAGAAGCUUGUCAAUAAUGUCAGAAAACAGUGAAAGGUGAAUGUUUUGUCUGUCCAGCAGAACAAAACACAGAGACAUUAUUAUAUAAAAUGGCAUAAAUCAGUGAAAAUUUUUACUCACAAUUGUGAAACUCAAACAAUCACAAAAAGUGAUUCAUCAUUGAAUAUUUUUUUUGUCAAUCAACUAAUCAAUCCAGCAUUAGUUCAGUGAAAACUAUAUUUGGGAAAGCACCCAUGAGCUGUUUAAACACAGUAAUCAGGCAUAAAACAGCACAUAUUAUAUCUAAAAUACUGCAUCUCAAUCAAAUUAUGUAGUUUUGAGUCAGAUAUUCCCAAACUGCAGUGAGUGCUGCUCUUGAAUUCCCAUGAAAUAAUACCUUGGUAUUUGUGGAAUGUAUUUAAAUAUCCUGUUUCAGUAAAGUCUGAAGACAUUUUCAUACUGUUUAUAUUUUUAUAACUGCAUAUUUAAAGAAUGUUUUUUGUCUAAGUUAUAUUACUUUACUGCACCUGUUAGGCCUCUGAAAAAUAAUGUUUAAUGUAUGCCACAGUAAAAAGUGAAAAUUG